CAACAGAGGACGGCAGGUGCAGUUACCGGCUAGGUUGAGUAUUAUGACAAUCGCCGAAGAAAUAACAGCAUUCUGAAUGUACCACUGACAUUACUGAAAAAAGGAAUCAUGUGUUCUCAAGAAGGCAUCUUCUGUGCUAACGUAAUGAAGUCGCUUAAUGACUUUAGAAAGGAAGGAACUCUCUGCGAUGUCACCUUAAGCGCACAGGGGAAAAGUUUUCCGGCACAUCGCAACGUCCUCUCUGCGAAUAGUGAAUUUUUUAAGGCCUUAUUCGCCAAUGAGAUGAGAGAAAACGUUGAAAAUACUGUUCACAUGGAGGAAUUCGAGCCUCUAGUAAUGGAACAGCUGCUAGAUUACAUGUACGGCGGCGGAAUAGCUAUCACGAGGGAGAAUGCCCUUGAUCUAGCGAUCGGUGCAGAUUUUUUGUUUUUGACCGAGUUGAAGGGAAAAGCUUGUGAAUAUUUGAUUAGCAAUUUAAACUCAGAAAAUUGUCUGUUUCUCCUGUACAUGGCCGAGAAGUACAACGUGAGAGGGCUUCGUGACAGCGCACAAAAACACAUCCUCGAAAAUUACGUAGCUGUCUCGGCAAGCGAAGGAUUUGCUGCCCUUAGCAUAGAACAGUUGCUUGCAAUAGUGUCUAGCGACGAUCUCGUCGCUAGAGAGGAAAAUAUUUUCGAAUCAGUGAUAACAUGGACGAAGCAGGAUUUGGAGACAAGAAAGAAGCUCUUUCCCACCCUGUUUUCAUGCAUCCGCCUGAUCUAUAUGGCAAGGUGUUACCUGAUUAACGAAGUACAAGAGGAUGACUUAGUAAAGAAUGAUGAAUCUUGUUUACGACUCAUUACUGCAGCGAAGGAGUUCUUUUCGACUCCUAAGGGAGCUGUGCAGAAUUCUGAUCACGCCUCAGUGCGGCCACGUGCCUGUCAAACUGCCAUCCUGCUGGUGGGAGGCUGGGAGGAAGAUUGUGACAUCACUGCCUCAUCCAAAGUGUACAUGCAAAGUAUCAAGCAAAUUUUUGAGGUUUCUGCCAUGUCUACCCCUAGAAAGAACCAUGGUGUUGCUGUCCAUGAGGGUCUAGUGUAUGUGGUAGGUGGAACAACUAAGAAUGGCAAUGUGACAAGGAGUGCAGAAUUGUAUGACCCAAGAACCAAUACUUGGUCCAGUUUGUUUUCAUUGCGAAAAGAGGUCGCGGGUGUGGGUGUGGCCAUGUUAGGGGACUACCUGUAUGCAGUAGGAGGGCAUGAUUCAAAGGGCAUGCCGCAAAGUAUUGUGCAGCGCUACAGUGCAAAGUUUAAUAAAUGGGAAUGUGUUGCUUCUAUGAAUGCUUCUCGCACAAGGCACUGUGUUGUUGGUUCGAGUUAUGUAUAUGCUUUUGGUGGAUAUUCUAGUGAUGAAGAGAUUCCUUUAAAAUCAGCUGAGUAUUACAACCAUUUGUCAGAUUCUUGGGUUGACAUUGCUCCCAUGAAUCAAUGCCGUUCUGAUGCCUGUGCUGUAUGCAUGGGGAGCAAGAUUUAUGUGAUUGGUGGAGAGGACAUUUUAGGAUCUCCAAUUAAAUUGACAUCUUGCGAGAUGUAUGAUCCCAAGACCAAUAGAUGGACCAAUAUUGCAGCAGUCCAACAUCCACGCUCACAUGCAGGUGCAGUAGUAGUUAAGGACAAGGUGUUUGUUCUUGGUGGUGUUGGCAAAAAUAACAGAGAGCUAAGGAGUGUUGAAUGUUAUGAUACAGAUCAGCAGCAAUGGCAGGAGGUGGCAAGUUUGCAAGCAGGACUUGAAGGAUUUGGGUGUUGUGUGAUCACAGUACCUGGUGAAUUAAUGCCUGUGUUGAUUUGAUAAAUAGACUGCAAUGGAGACUAUGUGAACUUCUACAGACAGGGGCUUCCUUCCUGUUUAGGGUGUGCAUAGUUGUGGAAGGUCAUACAUUAAUUGCAGUAGCCAUGCAGUCCAUGACAAUAGAAAAAAAUGAAAGGUUUGAAGAUUUGUUGCUGUACUACUGUAAAUUUUCAAACACAAUAUCAUUGGCUCCAACCAGUUGUUGGAACUCCACUGUGGCUGCCUAUAAGGCCUCUUGCUGCCUUCCAGUAAGAUUAAAUCCAAAAAAUUUGCCCAACUAUUUACAACCUGAUCAAGAUUACAUGGUACUUAACAAUUUCAAUAGAAGUGAACACCUCAAAAAUAUACAUGUGAAAGAUUAUGUCAGGUAAAAAAAGAAAAAAAAAUACUGAAAUCUACAUGUUUUCCCAGCCAACUCAAACAGCUGUGUGUCAACUGGCUGGCUUUUAGCUCAUUUUGGCUGAUUGAAAACCUACAACAGGUUAAGAUUACUAAGAAAUUAGUAAGAGAGCUCUUAGUGAUGGCUAUCAGAAACACAAUGUACAAACAUAUAAUAAUUAAAUGAAUUCACUGAA